UUUUAUACGGUUCUUAAAUGAUUAAAAGAACAAUGCUGGCGCAGUUUUCAAAUAAUACAAUGCUCGUUUUGAAGAACUGAAAUAAAAUAAGAAAUACUCACACAGUUGCGAAAAACAUAACAAAGCUCUCUGCCUCCCACAAAGUUAUGUCCCUUCAGCAACAGUAUUGCCACAAGGCCAGGUAAUACAAGCACAUUUGGCAUUCUAAGCGCCACGAAUGACAUGGGUAGGGAUCGGCUCACGUUUUUGCGAUGUUUGAUCAUAAAGAAACAUACUGGCAGUGGUCACGUAUACCAUGUUCCGCUUCCGGUUACGGCAGUGUGAAUCCUAGCGAAACGCUGUAAGAUGUUGAAAGUCCUCUGUUAAUCCAAUACUUUCAACUUUUCAAUGGAGAUAUUGACAAGGAAUAACUUUCUUGCGUGGAACUGAUUCCCAUCACGUUUUUGACCGGACGGGUGGACUCACGUACAAGGUGACAGUACGUCCCAAGCCAAGGUGACAGCAAUUUAAAAAGUGUAUUUCCUGCUUGGAGUCAGUGCUCUGAAGGUCAUAUUUGAACAAAGUUUAUUAAACACAGUUCCUCGAUCUCAGUCUUGGGGGCCUGCUCCCCAAGAACAUUUUGAAAUACUGAAUCGUCUCAGCCUUCAGGUGAUACUGAGGUUUUGGAACAGCUCCGUCGAUCGGCAGUCCCGGGGUCGGCAGUACAGUAAAGGCCAUUUGAGGCGGGCUUUGCGUUGCGUUUGCAGAGGAAGACGGGAAGCAGAGGGUCGUGAAUGGAGUGAAGAAGUUGUUACCGUGUCUUGUUUGGUCAUAGUAGCGUAGAAUAGGAUAACUUUCGUCGAAACAACGCUAUAUCUUGGAUUUUAGCCUUCCAUUUUAGCUAAACAUAGAUAUUAUGAUGGAGUACGCUGGACGUGAAGAACCACAAGGGGCUGUUGGACAAGUUUUGGAACAGGGAGCAAGUCAGUUUCCUUAUAUGGGAGAAGAUGAUCAUGAAUUGCAAGAUAUCGGGAAUUCACAGUCUCCCGAUGGAGGAAGAGAUCGAAGAAAUGGUUCAAGAAGUGGAAAACCAAGAUCAAGUCGCAACAGACAGCCAAGAGAUACUGAUUACUUCAUCAGGGUUCUUGUACCACCCACAAUGGUGGGUGCCAUUAUUGGUAAAGAAGGAAAGAAAAUUAAAGAUCUCACAGAAAAAACGGAAACAGACAUCACUGUGCACAAGAAAGAUGACAAGAGUCCCUUUGAAAAGGUUGUUGAGAUUGUUGGAUCUCCUGAGCAGUGUACUGAAGCUAACCUCAGCAUUCACAGAACAAUGCGUUUAGAAACUGAUCCAGCAAAGAGAAGCCCAGUGGUUCAGAUGCGUGUUUUAGUUGAUACCUGUAUUGCUGGACAAGUGAUUGGUAAGCAGUUGUGUAAUAUUUUUAUGUGUAAGUUGAACAAACUGAAAGAUUGUAAUUGUCUCUGUUAUUCCAAUAUUGCGUGGGAUCUUGCCGAUGUAGUUUUCUGUUCCCUUCUUGACAAGCCCGAGAGCUCCAAUGAUCACUGGGACAGUUGUUGUUUUCAUCCCCCACGUUUUCUUGAUUUCAGUCUCAAGAUCUUUGUAUUUUGUGAGUUUUUCCAUUGUUUGUCUGUUUGCUUUUAUCUCUUUGUCGGUUUGGAUUGGCAUGUCCCAAAGUAUAGUCGCUGUUUGGCUUUCUGUCACAGUAGCUGGUUCAUUAUUAUUAUUAUUAUUACUAUUAUUAUUAUUAUUAUUAUUAUUAUUAUUAUUAUUAUUAUUUACACCAGAGUUAGUUGUCAAUCCUUUGACUGUGCUGAACUUUUUAUUUUUUCUUUGUUUUGCAGGGGAGACUUGUUUUACAGGGGAGGCUGUAGGGAAGAGCCAUUAUAUCAAUUGGAUAGAGUGAUAACAAUACAGUAUCAAAUUCCACCAGAACAGUUAACAUUAGAGGAAGACACCAUGCUUAGUUCACUGGAAGAGGGUGCACUUUCAAAAUGUAGUCAAGCAGAACACAUGAUCAGUUCUAAAGCAUAUGACUGCCUCAAAAGCAUUGUGAGAGAGCGUCAAAACCCACAGCAGGGUUAUAUACAACCUCCUGCUCAUGGGCAGUGGCCUCCAAUGGGACCACCUUCCUACAACCCUCAACCAAACAAUCCAUUUGUACCUUACUGGUUUCAAGGAAUACUUGGAAAUGUUUCUCAAGGAUAUAUGCAUCUACAACAGAUGCAAGUGAAAGUUCACCUCUCUUUCCCGUCCAAAUUUGCUGGCCCUCUGAUUGGUAAAAAGGCUUCCAACCUUGCUCACAUAAAGAAAUUCAGUGGAGCUAGAAAUAUCCAUGUGUUUCCUAAGGAUCGUGAUGCACCAGAGAGGUAUAUAGAGAUCAUUGGCACUCCUCUGCAACAAUAUUUUGCUCAACACUGUGUCUACUGUAAGCUUGCUGAAGAAGGCUAUAAAACAAACUCUGGAGAGAAUGUUGGUGAACUUAAACUGAAAAUAGAAAUUUUCAUUCCUCUGAGAGGUGGAAGCAAGAACCAACCCAACAUAAUAGGCAGAUUUAUUGGUAAAGACGGACAUAAUGUGAAAGAACUGCAAAAACAAACAGGAGUACGUAUUAAAGUCGUAACAAGCAAUGAAACUACGGAAAACAGUGAGGCAAUUAUAGUAAUCGAAGAAAGCUUCGCUAGUGGACAGCGCGCUCAGAUGCAAAUUCAUGAUGCUAUAGCUCGUUGUCAAUCUCCCCCACCGAGGAGGCAGACGCCCUACAGCUGAAACAAAACUGUGUAGAUGCCAAGUACCUAUCACCUAUCUGGUCACUUCACUGGCAUCACUCUCAUAGCCUGUGUAUCUGUUGUACCCACUCACUGACAAAUUAUUCAGGAUAGUAUUGUGGUAUUGUGGUAUGCCAGGUGUAUGUUGGCAUAUGCUACCUCAUCACCAGCAAGGCUCUGAGCAUCUUACUCACAAUGCUAUUGGAUGAAGCUAAUCAAACAAAAAACUCUUAGAGGUAGUUAUGACAAUUGAUCGUAGUGCUGUUGUAGUAUGCACUGUAAUCUUGCUGUAUUAAGGAUUGAAAAGAAAACUAGCAGUUUUGUAAGGCCACACCCAGACUCGGUACACUGACAGUGCCCUAACAUGUGCCUGUGUGCCCAAGAACCAAGUAUUUGAAAAUUAUAUAUAUAUUGACUUAUUUGAGUAUAAUUUUAUGGCAAGUUCUUGAGUUAAGUUGCUGCCUGGUUCUAGUCAACAGUUUGCUAUAGUUCACUCGGUCUAGUGCCUGUGGAACAACUCUGAGAGCAGUCUACAUGUUGCUCAAAUAUAGCUAUGCAUGCUUCCAAUAGUAUUUUAUCAAUUAAGUUGCUCGAGCCUUUUUUGAGGUCCUUUUUUUUUGCACUAAGUAGCUUUAAGUAGAUUUGUGUACUAAGAUUGUAAUUUUUAAGGAAUGUUUUAGGCGUGCCUGCUGUUGCCAUUUUCACCCCUAAAGGGGAAGUAAUUUUUCUGCUCUUUUUUAGAUAUUAAUGGCAACUUCUAAUUUCGCGUGCAAGUUGCUUCUUUAUGAGGCUUUACCUUUGCUGCUUCUUAGUUGAUUUACCCUUUGUUCAUAGAACAGCAUCAAUCCUAGCACGGUGUUUACAGAAAUACUCGGGUUUGAGUUUGAGUUAGACUAUUUGCAUGUGCUUUUUCUGUUUCCCCGUUCUUUUUUAUGUAAGAUUUUACUCGUGGCUCUUUCAAGAACCUCGCAAGUUUCAAAGCUCGUUUUUCUGAGCUCUCUUUGACCUGGUUACUUCCUACUCCUUCAUUCAUAAGCUUAAGAACUUAAAUUGGCCAUUGCAUUAGUUACUCUUAACUCAAAUGAGGUCCUAGAAAGACUUAACGAUUUCUUGGUUGGGACUGUUUAUUGAAUGGUUGUAUUUAUGACUACUGUGUAGUUUAAUUGAUGGUGACCCAAAGCUGGCUGAGGGACUCUACACCUGGUAGCCUUGAUACUACUCUCUAUUGUACACUACUUCUCUUGAUACCUAUCUGGAAUUAUUAUCGAUGGACCAUAUACGCCCAUAUUUUUCUCCAGAUUAAAUUAUUUUGAACCUCUCCA